CUUUGCUGACUUUCUUCUAGCCCCAUUGUUUUUUUGUGUGGCUUUCUUGAGUCCUAGUAUCCCAAAGAAAUUGCGGGUUGUCGACCAGGGUGUCGAUUCUCUUCAUCUGUUCGCUGCACUUGGUGUACGAUUGCAUCGUCGACUUGGUGCAUCAGUUGCAUACAACAGGCGUGGUCCUGGACUAGGCCAUCUCAGCGACACUGUCGAACAACGCCUCAGCUAGAAGAAAAAGAUCAGGAACGCGAUUACCCAAGCACUCGCGCAAACUCCACCUACAAAUACGUAUCGCAAAUCUAUAAAAUGUUCAAAACUCCGCAGUUCAAUUGGUACGGCCGAGGGCGAAGCCUACGUAUAGCCAUCACGAUUGCCUGCCAGCUCGCCUUUGUACUUUUCGGUUACGACCAGGGCGUCUUCAGCGGCAUCGUCGGUAAUGCGGAUUUCCUGGACACUUUCGGUCACCCUUCUCCGGGAUUGGAAGGGAUCAUCGUUUCCAUCUACAAUCUAGGAUGCUUCACGGGGUGUAUUUUGAGUUUUGCAUUCUGCGAGAAAACGGGGAGAAGACUGGCCAUGUGGAUAGCUAUGGUGUGGAUUAUAGUUGGUGCGAUUCUACAGACCACGGCUUACUCUGUGCCGCAUAUGAUGAUCGCGCGCUUCAUCACCGGAAUCGGUACAGGAAUCGAGACCUCGACGGUUCCAAUGUACCAAUCCGAACUCUGCGAGGCUUUCAAGCGUGGGCGUUUAGUUUCUUCGGAGCCGCUAUUUGUGGGAGUCGGUAUUGAGAUUGCAUACUGGUUUGAUUAUGGCAUGAGCUUCACGGCCGGCUCUAUUGCGUGGAGACUUCCGAUUUCCUGCCAAAUGGUAUUCGCUAUACUCGUCAUCAUCAUGGUCUUCGGUCUACCCGAGUCACCUAGAUAUCUGUACAAGCAUGGCCGCAGCGAGGAGGCGCUUUCGAUCCUAUGCGACGUAUACGACGGAACACCCGAAAGCCCUAAGAUCGCAAAGGAGAAUCGGGAGAUUAUGGAAGCGUUGAAAGUCGAACAGGAGCAUGGCGAGUAUAGGUGGAGUCAACUACUCAAGAAAGACAAGGUGCAAACAGGAAGACGAGUACUGUUGGCUUAUGGAAUGCAGUUCAUGAACCAAAUGGGCGGGAUCAACCUGGUUGUCUACUACAUCACAUCAGUGCUACAACUCAACGUGGGCCUCGACCGGAACCUGUCCUUGCUUCUCGGCGGCGUCAUCAAUCUGAUGUUCUUCAUCGGAUCUCUCUACCCCACGUUUUUCCUCGAUCGGAUUGGUAGGCGGAAGCCAAUGAUGUGGGGUUCCUUCGGACUUGGUGUAUCGAUGAUGUUGAUCGCCAUCCUGCUCAGCUUCCGCGGGUCAGCCGUCGAGAAGCCCACCGCGUCUGCCAGUGUGACCUUCUUUUUCACGUAUAUGCUUAUCUUCGGCAUGACGGCAAACUGUAUCCCGUGGGUUUAUGUCCCCGAGAUCUUGCCUUUGCAUGUCCGCGCAAAGGGAACAGCGGUUGGAAUAUCGGCCAACUGGAUCUGGAAUUUCUUUGUGGUCAUGAUUACACCAACACUUCUGAACAGUCUGGCGUGGAAGGGCUAUCUCAUCUUCAUGGUGCUGAACUUCUGUUUUGUGCCGCUCGUCUACUUUUGCUACCCUGAAACUACAAAUCUCACGCUCGAAGAGAUCGAUUGGUUGUUCUACGAAGGCGAUGUGGUGAAAAGGAGUAAGCGAGUGGCGAAGGAAGGAUGGGGUGAGGCAGAAGGCUGGGGCUCCGUUGCGGAGAGGCGCGGACAAGGAGCAAGUCCAGUCAUGGUGGACACAGGAAGUCAGCAGAGCGGAAAAGUAGAUGAUGGCGUUGAGAAGAUUGAAGUCAGGAAAUGAGCGCUCUGCCACUUUCUUGUAGUUGAAUAUGAGACAAUGAGCGAUCAAAUUUGUGUACGAACCAGGUAUCCUGGUGUUUUGCACUAUACUACAAACUCUGAAUAUAUUGAGAUACGCGGACUGCGAUCCAUGAAAUGAGUUUCUCAAUUUUGACAAGUGUGCACGAAUCAUCUCUUUUGUUGAGGAAUGCAACAUUAUUGAAGCAGAUGGAAGAAUGUAAUUACUGUGAGCCCCAUCUUUGAUCCGGACGGAUGGCAUCGUAGGAUCCAGGCCCACGGCUAAACACUUUUACAAAAUCCUGGCGUAUAUGUAUGGUGAUGAUGGGAUCUUAUAGGCCUGGAAGAGUGAGUGGAUCCAAGAGAUAACGUCCGCGGAGUGCAAGCCCACGCGACUUGUCCGUUCUUAGCGAGCCGCCGUCGACGCUUCAACUCCAGGUUUUCAACAUUGCUCCACCUCCCCACGGGACUCUCCAUUGCCACUAAUUUUCUCGAACGUCCCCACAUACCGAGGCUCCUCACAUGUCCUUCUGGCCAUUCCUGACCAAAGCACGGGAGCAAACGAUGAACCAAAAGGCAUGCUGAGCCACGAACACCUACAGUAAAGAUCAGAACUUCGUCGCUCGGCUGAACCGAGCGGUACUUUGAAUCAACCGGUGCAAACUCCUUCGUCUAGAGACCUUCUAUAUGGGCGACAUGGAAUGAAAACAACGAUGCAAUGUUCACGACGUUAGCAUCGACCCACUUCUCAUUUCCAGCCCAUCGCAAUGUGUCGAGUCACGCCAGAAUCGGAAUAAAAACUACAUGCGUCUCAGCUCGGAUAUACAUGUUCAUUAAAGGAAACCCCAACAAAAGACUUCAUCCUGCACAAACCAUUGCGCGAUUUCUGUACUUCUGCCCAAAUCGAUAUUCCCUUGGCCCGUACUUCCGAAGUCACUUCCACACAGUCUCGGAAUCCCAUCUCACA